AGGCGUGGGCCUGAAGAGACGCAGACAGAGAAGCCGAGAGCGGAGCGAGGACGCACAGAGGAGCUGACGGAGCAUUAAUGAGAUACUGGCCGGUUAGAGUUACAGGGAUGCAGUUUUAGCCACAUUCUCCCACUGUUUUCAGCCUUCAUCUGCGGACUAGAACAUUUGGACACAUUCGCCACUCAAAACAAACUUUAGAGGAUUUAUUUAUUCUGAAAAAUGGACUUGGAACGAUUUCGCGCAAAGACGCCGGGGACAGCAGCCCCUCUCGCCCUCUCAUUCCUUUGUAUCGUCGGGUUAUUACUCACUUUUUCUCAGCCUGUCUGCGAGGCGUUCAACUUGGACGUGGAGGACCCAGCUGUUUACAGCGGACCUAAUGGGAGCUACUUCGGAUAUGCUGUUGACUUUUAUUUGUCUGAUUCUGCUAGUGCCAGUGUGGUGAUAGGAGCCCCCAAGGCCAGCACGAGGCAGGUCAAUGUUACAGAAGGAGGAUCCGUAUUCUACUGUCCAUGGAGCCUCAGGCAAUCAGACUGCCACCCCAUCGAAUUUGAUACUCAAGGAGAUCGUACCGUCUUGCUGAAUGAUACAAAACACCAGGUGGAUUUCAAGUCUCACCAGUGGUUCGGCGCCACUGUGCGUUCACACGGUGACACGAUCCUGGCUUGUGCCCCACUUUACUCCUGGCGGACUGAAAAGGAUAUCCCCCGUUCUGAUGCUACAGGAACCUGCUACCUCUCAGUCCAUAAUUUCACCAAAUUUGUGGAGUAUGCUCCCUGCCGUACAGAACUCAGUGAUCCGAUUGGACAAGGCUACUGUCAGGGAGGGUUCAGUGCCGACUUCACAAUGGAUGGGAAAGUGGUGUUGGGAGGUCCAGGCAGCUACUUUUGGCAAGGUCAGGUGAUUUCUGCUGCUAAGCAGGACAUCAUCGAAGCCUACUAUCCGGGCUAUUUUAUGCAGGCUGUGGAUGGUCAGAUACAAACCAGGCAGGUCCAGGCUGAGCACGAUGACAGCUACCAAGGCUACUCUGUUGCUGUUGGGGAAUUCAGUGGUGAUCAGGUAGAAGAUUUUGUGGCUGGUGUUCCAAAAGGACUCAUGCUCUAUGGUUCGGUGUCCAUUCUGAACGGCUCAGAUCUGACAACAAUGACUGAGUACACUGGUGAGCAGAUGGGGUCAUAUUUCGGCUAUGCAGUGGCAACAACUGACAUCAACAGUGAUGGGAUGGUUGACCUGCUGGUGGGGGCUCCCAUGCUCAUGGUCCGAGGCUCCGACGGUCGCCUGGAAGAGAUGGGCCGAGUUUACGUUUACCUACAGCGAAGCCCUCUGAACCUGGAGCGCCGCCUACCUCACCUGACAGGCACACAGGUGUUUGGGAGAUUUGGCAGCACCAUCGCACCUCUGGGAGAUCUGAACCAGGAUGGUUUUAAUGAUGUGGCUAUCAGCUGUCCAUUUGGAGGGGAAGAUCGAAAGGGACUGGUCUACAUCUAUAAUGGAUACUCAGAAGGACUCAGGGAAAAGCCUUCUCAGGUGAUUGUGGGCCAAUGGGCGGCUGGGACUAUUCCUGCCAGCUUUGGAUUUGCCCUCAGAGGUGCCAAGGACCUGGACAUGAAUGGUUAUCCAGAUCUCAUUGUUGGUGCCUUUGGGGUUAAUAAGGCAGUUCUCUAUAGAUCCCGACCAAUAGUCAAUACCACUGCCUCUCUGAUAGUUUCUCCCACCAUGAUCAACCCUGAAGAGAAGAACUGCAUUGUCAAUAAUGGAAACUCCAGCAUUCCUGUUUCCUGCGUCAACCUAAGUUUCUGCAUAUCUGCUGAGGGGAAGCACCUACCAGGCAUCCUAGAUUUCCAGGUGGAGGUGCAGCUCGAUAGUCUUAAGCACAAGCAGAAAGGUGCCGUGAAGAGAGCUCUGUUCUUGGAUUCCCAGCAGCCCUUGCUCCAGAAGAGCGUGAGAGUGCGGCACGGCGAGCGUGUGUGCAGCCACACCAAGAUCUACCUUCGAGAUGAGAAGGACUUCAGGGAUAAACUCUCCUCUAUUUUUGUGGCCUUGAACUUCAGCUUGGAUCCAAAGGCUGCAGCUGACUCCCAUGGCCUCCGGCCCAUCCUCAACUAUCAGACCACCAAUGUCAUUGAGCAAAAGGCUCAGAUUCUGCUGGACUGUGGCGAGGACAACAUCUGUGUUCCUGACUUGAAGCUGGCAGUUAACGGUGACAGGAAGGAAGUCUACCUAGGUGAUGACAACUCGCUGACCCUGACUUUCAACGCCAGGAAUGAGGGUGAGGGAGGAGCGUACGAGGCAGAGUUGUAUGUGGUUCUGCCCCCUGAAGCUGACUACAGUGGUAUCGCCCGGAAUAAUGAGAGUCUGGCUCAACUGACCUGCAGCUAUGACACAGAAAACCAGACCAAAUACCUCAGCUGUGAUUUGGGCAACCCCAUGAAGUCUGGCACUAAUCUUUGGGCAGGUCUGCGUUUCACAGUACCACGGCUGAAGGACACGCACAAAACCGUUCAGUUUGAGCUGCAGAUUCGCAGUAAAAAUGAGAAUAAUUCCCAUAGUGAGGUUGUGCCCUAUAAGCUGGAGGUGGUUGUACAGGCUGAAGUCAUUCUGCAGGGUGUGUCUCGACCUGACAAGGUCUUCUUUCCACCGGCCAACUGGAAGGUGACCAAAAACUACGGGGUGGAGCAGGACGUUGGGCCUGCAGUGGAACACAUCUAUGAGCUGGUGAACAAUGGUCCCAGUCAGAUCAGCCACACCUUAUUGGAGCUUCGCUGCCCUCUCAGUGUCCAGGGUCAGAGCCUCUUCUACCCUCUGGAGUUCUCCACUGAAGGCCCCAUCAACUGCACUUCGGACAAACACAUGAACUACCGGAACCUCAAACUCCAACGUACAUCCACAGAAACACCUAUUCUGGCACUGAAGGCCAGUGAGCACCGUGUCGAGAGGAGGGACGUGCACAAGAACCCGCUCGCUCAUUUGACUAACCUGUCUUGCUCUAAUGUGGAGUGCUGGACGCUCCAGUGUAACGUGGGUCUUGUGGAGAAAGGAACUACCGCCAUCCUCAAAGUGCGAUCCCGCAUCUGGGCUGAGACCUUCACUGAGAGAGCCUACAAGCAGUAUGUGCUGGAGUGUUUGGCCAAAUAUAGUGUGAAGAAGAUGCCAUAUGCAAUCCCACCCAGAGUUUAUCCUAGUGGACAAAAAAAGGUGGUGACUCCAGUGGUGUGGAACAAGCCGGAUGUCGAGAACUCUGUUCCCCUGUGGAUCAUCAUCUUGGCUAUUCUGGCUGGUUUGCUGCUUCUGGCUCUUCUCAUCUACGUCCUCUACAGGUUUGGCUUCUUCAAGCGAUCUCUACCGUACGGCACCGCCAUGGAGAAAGCACAGCUCAAACCACAGGCUGCCUCUGAGGCCUAAAUGACCUACCAGAACCACAGUGCCUGGCCAUAUGAUUGCAACGGAGAAACAAGAUGGAGCAUGUAGAAAGCAGUUGAAGAGUUGCGCGAAAGAGAGACUACUGGAACUCCACUGUGCUGCACUAGAGGAAGACAAAAAUCCAAAGAUCUCCAAGCCAAAUGAAUGUUUUUCUUUUUCAGUUUUAAUUUAUGUACUUUUUUCAAUGGCAGGUUGGGAUUGUUAUCAACUAGAACUUUUCUUGAUGCUUAAAGACUAACAUCAGACUCUACAACAAACAAAAGUCACUGCAAAAGAAAUCCAGGCCACAUUCAGCUUGUGAAUGCAGUGAGAUGCAUGUUGGGUUUACUUCUGUGGACUCCUGUGAUGGAGAGUUCUGUAAUACCCCUUUAACUGCCUGUACUGGUGCUAAUGACAGGAUGCGGCCACGUGUAGCUUGUGGCUUCCAGGAGCUGUGAAUUACGCUGCCUGCUGAGGCCUGAAAGUAUUCUUCUGAUAUCUCCUGAACACAUGAUUGACAGCAGCUUGGGUAGCAGUUUUCAGGUGAAUUAACCUGGUGUUAGUAAAGGCAACAUUACAUGCAUAGAUAGCAAAAUUGGCUUCGUAGCUCAGCUUUUAUAGAGUUUAGUUGUUUGUUUUUUUUUUAAUGAAAAAAGCCCCGACCUGUCCGAGGUGUUUCUCUGAUUCUUGCCCAGUGCAUGCAGGGAUGGGCUCCACCACCCUGCAGCCCUGGAUGGGAUAUAUUGAAGAUGCAAUGAUGGACGUUUCUCAACCGUUCAUGAAAAUGAUCUCUCUCUGCCUCAGGUUGGUGGACUGUGUUGGGUUAAGUUGUUUUUGCACUCAAAGGAAAUCUACUGAUAUUAUUCCGAAGACACCAAAGACUGACUGACUGACUGACCUUCCUUUGAGUUCUGAAUUUGACUCCUACUGAUCACUUUGUAUAAAUCCUCUGUGUUCGUGUUCAGAGUUACCAAUGCUGGCAUCGUCAUUGUUGCGUAGUCGACUGGGAUGCGACUGGAACCACCACAGACUUGUGACACCUCAUAUAAGGCUUGAAGCAGUGUGGUGCUUCUGUCACAAUGUGGUGUCCUCCUCAAGAACAUUUGUGCCAUCUUAACUCCUGCUUGAUUCGGGUUUGGAAGACCGCAUGCAAAGCAAAUGAUUCUCACGAGAUACCACACAGUUACUGGCCAUGGUGCAAUGAUGAAGCGAAGACAUGACAAUCAGCGGGGUUGUAGCUUUGAUAGAUGGCCAAAAACAGAAGGAUCCAUAUCCAGCUUAUUGUGUGUUACUGUGAGAUACUGUAUUUUUGAUUGGGUAAAAUGUUUAGAGUGAGAAGAGGCUGAAGUCUUUCCAGGAGCCAAAGGCUACAGGGACAAACAUCAAAAUGCUUUGUAUUGGUUUCUUUUGUCAUGUACAUCAGCUUUACUUGCCUUAAAUGUAAAUACUUAAUGUCUGUGGGUUAGAGUUAGGGUUGUGUGCAUGUAUAUUUGAGUGAAUGGUAUAUUUAUGAAUGUUUGUUUUGUGCCUCCCAUUGCCUAGUCCUGUUUAUGCCCAUCACAUCUGUAGCUUGAGAUAACUGAGGUAAAGCAAUUCUGCGUUACUAUAAGACAAAAUAGCAUAAAUACCUCUAAGAAAGGGAUAACAGCUAGGCACUGGGAGCUAAAUGUUGUUUGGAAGUGCAAUAUUUAUAUUCACUCUUUUUAAUAUUAUAGUGCUUUCUUUUUGAUUUAUUUGUGAUUGAAUUGUGAUAACCCAGAACUUUUUUUGGUGUCAAAAUGUGUGAUAAGCACGUAGAUGAAGUCCUUUGUGGGCUUCUGGCUUUACACGUUUUCUCCACUUCAUGUACUCACCACUUCACUGCUGGACUACCUUCCUGAUCUUACAGAUUUUUUUUUAUUUUAUUGCACAGACUGACACAGAAACACAUCCGCCAGAGCGUAUCUGAGUUGAACUUGGGUAUGUUGACAUAGUUUGAUAAUUUAUGUGCUCUGCUGCUGCACCUGUCCAAACACCACCCUUAUACUAACCAUGUGUUUUACAUUUGUUUGCGUCAUUACACACUUUUCAUUCAUCCGCUCUUAUUGGAUAGUGAUUUAUAAUUUGUCAGAUGGUCCACAAAAUCCCCAUUUGGUUGUUGACCUAAAUCCUUUAACACACUGUCUAUAUGUUUUUUGUUUUUUUUUGUUUUUUUACUGAACAUGUCAACCCAUUAUUUAUAAUGACAAGGGUCAUUUUACUACUCCCUCCAUGGUUACAUCAGGAGAAGGCACUGUUAUUUGUUCUUUUUCUUUUUUUUUAACAUGUCUUAGCCCAUUUUCACUCUCCAGGACUUUAUAAAAGAUGUUGUACAUAUUGAUGACAAGGAGAGUGUUUUGAAUUAAAAUGAUUUGUCGUGAAAUUUCUCACCCCAUAUUGGGGAGACCUUCUGUGUCAGGUGGAAGGAGACUGUUUGAAGGUCAAUUUUUUACCUGUUGCAGUUUGUACUUUAAAUAAAAUAUUUUCCUUUUUACAAA